AUGAGCUGCCUGCUCCUGACACGCUGUCACGCUUUCACAGGGAUCACGUUUCACCAUAUGCUGUCAUUUGAUGCCAUGCGAUUUCCAGUUGAGACUUGGCACUCGUUCCUUGGGUCAGUUUUUUUCCCGUGCAGCUUUCGCCACAUGGGAUACGGCGGCUCCAACAGCAAAGCAAACAUGCCCUGCAAGGUAGUCCAGCGGCAGGUCGUGACAAGAGUCGAAGGUAGUUCGCUGUCGAGAGCCGCCUUCACCCCCCUGCCCCUGCAGAAGGGGGGUGUAAUUCAGGGCCGAGCUCUGCAAGGCCGAGCUCUGCCCACAGUGCUGACUUGUGUUCUGCUGCACCCUGUGGUGCUGUCUUCCUUUCUCCGCAUCCCCCUUCCUCCUGGUAGAAGAGACGCGGACUCGGCCCGAUUUUCUCCGACUCGGUGCUGGUCGAUCCUGCCUCCUCUCGCGCCCAAUGCCCCUCGCGGAGCGCAGAGGCCCGCGCCGACGGAGCCCUUCUCGCGCGGAGCCCGGCAGUCCGCGGGGGGGCUGCGGGGCAGUGCCCGCCGCAAGCACGCCGUGCCCACGCCCGGUGCGCGGUGGGCCAACAGGUGGAUCUCGAGGCCGAUGCUGCUGGACCUCGAGCCGUUCCUUUUUGCGUGCAGCUACUGCUGGAGGCCUGGACAGCUAUUAGCAAACAUCUUCAGCCCUAGCGAUGCAACAUUCUGGUCCCCAGUGGACACUGUCAGAUUUGUGACUUGCUUGGGCCGCGCAGUUUUGGCCACUGCCAAUGCCGCUCAUGUUGCAGCCACCAGGCCUGUGAUUGCGAGGGGCUCGAAUAGUAUUGUGCGCCUUGGCGACUGCGACCAAUGGCGCCGUUUUUUGUUCACUCUCGACACAGGCUGCUUGAACACUGGUGCUACUUGA